AUGGCGCGCACGACGCCGUCGAGCCCGCUGUCGCGUGCUACGCCGCCACUCUCCCCGACGGCCGGUGGCACCCCAAGCCGCCUGGCCGUCGCGCCGGCCUCCCCGUCCACCCCGCAGUGCGGCAUCCCGGCGUCCCCGCACACGCCGGGCAGGGGCGGGGCCAGGCCGGGCGCGACCACCCCGCCGCCGGCCACGCCGCGCCCGGAGAUCACGCUCCGGCAGCCGUCGUCGCAGAAGCGCACGCCCGCCGCCGUCCGGAAACCGUCGCGGGCGCUCCGCGCGAUCCGCGCGCUGAUCCGGUCGCUGCCCAUCGUCGCGCCCGCCGCGUGCCGCCCGGCGUCCGCGCUCCCGCGGCGCUACACCAAGCCGCACGACGGCCACGGCGGCAGCGACGGCGCGCGCGUCACCGGCACGUUCUACGGCCACCGCCGCGCGCGCAUCACCCUCGCCGUGCAGGAGCGCCCCGGCAGCCUCCCGUCACUCGUGCUCGAGCUCGGCGUGCCCACGGGGAAGCUCAUGCAGGAGCUCUCCGCCGGCGGGCACGUCCGCAUCGCCCUCGAGUGCGAGAAGAAGUCCAAGAAGUCGUCACAGCCGGACGGCACCGGCGGCGGCAGCGGCAAUGUGAGCCUGCUGGAGGAGGCGAUGUGGACGGCGUACGUGAACGGGCGGCGCGUCGGGUACGCGGUGCGGCGGGAGGCGUCGGAGGGCGACCUCGCGGUCAUGCAGCUUCUGAGCACGGUGUCGGUGGGCGCCGGCGUGCUGCCCGGGGACGUGGUGGACGCGCCGGCCGGGGCGGAGGCCGACGGCGAGGUGGCGUACAUGCGCGCGGGAUUCGACAGGGUGGUCGGAAGCAAGGAUUCGGAGUCGUUUUACAUGGUCAAUCCGGAGGGGGGCGCCGGCGGUGGCACGGAGCUGAGCAUAUUCCUUGUCAGGGUGUAGGCGUGUACAGAGUCAGAGUGUCUCUUCUCUGUUUUUCGUUCUGGGAUAGUGCACAUGAAUCUCCGGAUUAGGCGUUUGUUUUCAGUGGAAUGGGGA